AUGUAGCGAAAAUAGAGCAAAUGGAGACCCCACCAUAGGACUGUUAGUGCGAGUUCUGAUAUAUGUUUUUGUCUUGUCAAAUAAUCUAUUAAUAGUUACGAGCCUUUUUUGAUCCUUCGUUCUGACGAUUGGAGCUCAGAGCCCAAAGACACUCUUGUUCUCUAGUCGUACACUCAUACCUGCAUAGGAGACGCUCGUCGGAAACGCCCUGUCACGCCGCUUGCACUACUACUCUCCGGCUCAUCGUCCUGGCGAAUCCCCCUCUUUCUAAGAAGAUAUUUGUUAAUGGUGCAUAGAGAAAGCUGGAUUUCUUAUUUCGUUUUCUUGCUGUGCCUUUGAGAGGAAAAUUUUGGUUUUUGCAGCGAGAGACUUUUAAAUUCUUUGUUGUGUUUGAGCUGUUUUGAUGAUUUCGUUUAUAGAGAGAAUUAUCAAUUUUAUAUUAAAUGUAGGCCGAGAAAAAGUUGAUGUGGGUAGUGUGAGUUUCCGAUUGUAGUGGCUCCUGAUUUGAGUGGAAUAUUGCUUCAAGGUUACGUAUCUUUCGGGAAGAGUAUCGGGUUUUUAGUGAUUGGAUAAUCCUUGAUAUCUUAGAAUCGCUGUGGUGGAAUGGGGGAAUUUGUAGGGGAGCCUAACCCAGAGGCGGUUGAAGAGAAAAUCUAUGUUGCUGUGUCUAAAGAUGUAAAAGGGUGCAAAUUAAAUCUGAUAUGGGCGAUACAAAAUUCCGGGGGAAAGAAGAUUUGCAUCCUCCACGUCCAUGAGCCUGCAACAAUGAUCCCCCUGAUGGGUACAAAGUUUCCAGCAAGUGCACUGAAAGACCAGGAAGUUGAAGCAUAUAGGGAAACAGAGAGGCAAAACAUGCAUAAAAUUCUGAAUGAGUAUCUUCUAAUUUGUCAGCGGAUGGGGGUGCGAGCAGAGAAACUGCAUAUUGAACGGGAUUGCAUUGAGAAAGGAAUCGUGGAACUUGUGUCGGAGUAUGACAUUCGGAAGCUUGUUAUGGGAGCAGCAUCUGAUAAGUCCUAUUUUAGGAAAAUGAUGGACUUGGGAUCUAAGAAAGCCAUCUAUGUACGAGAACAAGCUUCAGCUUCUUGUCAUAUACAAUUUAUCUGCAAAGGGCAUCAUAUAUACACAAGGUACAGUAGUUUGGACAAAAGUAAAGGAGAGGCUGCAUCUCCUGUCUGUCUGCGAAAGUCACAACCUAAUGCUGGACGGGUACACUUCUUGAGAUCUCAAUCUAUUGAACUUGGGCGGAAUCAAUGGGCAAGACUCACAAAUCCAGCUCAAGAUCUAUUCCGAAGAGUGAGGUCUGGCAAUGCUAGAGAUGAAGGGAGCAUGGCAACUGUUUCUUCUCCAGAUGACACUGAAGGAUUGUCAACUCCACAUAUCAGGCUGGGUACAGAAGUGAGUUCUGAUGAGUCGGAAGGACUGUUUGGAAGAAGUUCUUCAGUUUUCUCAACAUUCUCUGAUAGUGGUGCAGUUGAAGCAGGGUCAACCUCAGAUUUGAUCACUGCACGGUUUGAGAAUGUAUUAAACUUGAAUGGACAUUCUUCAGUUAAGGGGGAUCUUUCUCAUUCAUCUCCUCCUAGUGUGCUGGAUGGAGGAAUGGACUAUACUCUGUAUGAUAAACUUGAACAGGCCACGGGUGAGGCUGAUGAUGCUAGGCAGGAUGCAUGCCAAGAAACUAUUAGACGUGGGAAAGCUGAAAAAGAUGCCCUUGAUGCUAUACGCAGGGCCAAAGCCUCUGAAAUCUCAUAUAAAGAGGAGUUGAAACUGAGGAAAGAGGUAGAGGAAGCACUGGCAAAAACAAGGGAAGAACUUGGACCGAUGAAGAUCCAAAGAGAUAAAGUACAUGAAGAACUUCGGCUUGCCUUAGAUCAGAAAUCAUCACUAGAGAGUCAAAUUUCAUCUUCAGAACUAAUGGCAAAGGAGUUGGAGCAGAAGAUUAUCUCUGCUGUGGGUCUGCUGCAAAGUUACAAGAAAGAACGUGAUGAAUUGGAGAUGCAGCGUGAUAAUGCAUUGAGGGAGGCUGAAGAAUUGAGGGAAAAACCAGCUGAGGCCCCUGGUAUACAUGUGCCUCAGUUUUUCUUAGAAUUCUCUUUUCCAGAGAUUGAAGAAGCAACGAAUAAUUUUAAUCCAUCCCGAAGGAUUGGAGAAGGUGGAUAUGGCAGUAUAUAUAAAGGUGUGCUGCGUCACACUGAGGUGGCUAUCAAAAUGUUGAACCUUAACAGUUUGCAAGGGCCUUCAGAGUUUCAAAAGGAGGUUGACAUACUGAGUAAGUUAAGGCAUCCCAAUGUUAUUACAUUCAUUGGAGCCUGUCCGGAGUCCUGGGCUCUUGUCUAUGAGUAUUUACCCAAUGGAAGCCUGGAGGAUAGGCUCAGCUGCAAGGAUAACACACCCCCAUUAUCAUGGCAAACUCGAAUUCACAUUGCUGCAGAGCAGUGCUCUGCUCUCAUCUUUCUUCAUUCUAGUAAACCUCACAGCAUUGUGCAUGGUGACUUAAAACCCUCCAAUAUUCUCCUUGAUGCAAACCUUGUUAGCAAGCUUAGUGACUUUGGAAUCAGUCGUCUAUUAUCUCGUCACGGGAGUUCAAGUAACAAUACUACAGAGUGCUGGAGAACUGACCCAAAGGGCACUUUUGUCUACAUGGAUCCUGAAUUCCUUGCUUCAGGGGAACUUACUCCAAAGUCAGAUAUAUAUUCACUUGGAAUCAUAUUAUUAAGAUUGUUGACCGGGAGACCAGCCUUGGGAAUAAGGCAGGAAGUGAAAAGUGCAUUGGAUGCUGGAAAGUUGAAAUCCCUCUUGGAUCCUUUGGCUGGCGACUGGCCAUUUGUGCAGGCUGAACAGUUGUGUCACUUGGCAUUGAGAUGCUGUGAGAUGAACCGAAAGAGCCGGCCAGACCUCUAUUCAGAUGUCUGGAGGAUUCUGGAACCAAUGAGCGCUUCUUCUGGAGGCACAAAUGUCUUCAGAGUUGGUUCUGGAGGGCUUUACCAAACCCCUUCGUAUUUCAUUUGUCCAAUCUUCCAGGAAGUCAUGCAAGAUCCGCAUGUUGCUGCGGAUGGAUUUACUUACGAAGCAGAGGCAAUACGAGGAUGGCUGGACAGUGGUCAUGAGGCCUCUCCAAUGACAAAUGAUAAACUUGCACACUGCAAUCUUGUCCCUAACCUUGCCCUUCGCUCUGCAAUCCACGAUUGGCUUCAAAACCGCUGAUUGUUGUUUAUACUCAUAAAUUCUCCUUUCUUCUGUAAAUUUGCAUGCUGCUUAUACAGAUUUAUCCCCCGUGAAGUUUAGGUUAGUUUUUGUCAGAUCAGCACCUCAUAUUUCCUUCAAAUGAUAUAAUGAUAGUAAUGAAGCCAUGAUUUCAUUGAACCGCUUCUUCCUGUAACCAAACACAUGCCAAAGGUGUAUACCAUAUAGCAUA